AUGAUUUAAACUGGCAGCAGUAGCAACAGUCCUGCCAUUGGGAAUAGCUUUUUGCAACAGAUUUAAGAGCAAAGCAUAUUGAUUAAUAAACUAGCUGAUCAAAAGAUUUUCCUUUAAAAUAUCUAGCAGCAGACCUAAAAUGUGCAGCAAUAAACCAUGAGAAUAUCUGUGGGAGGGAUUCCUGGACUCGGCGACGAUAGAAUAAUGUUCAUAAUAGAUAGCUAGAAACAUAAAAACGUGCAGUAAGUGAUUUAAGACAUCUGCUAGACAAUGGGAGCAAGUGGAGACCCUGCCAACUAUGUUUUAAAAGUAGCUGAAAACGUUCAACAGUAGCAAGCUGCAAUAAAGCAAAGAGAGUCUUCAGAAUAAUCACCAAAUGGAGUUCUGUAAAUUCAGUAGCCUAUGGCUAAUUAAUACCAGAGCCAAUAGUAAAUAUACCAACAAUUGUCACAAUAAAUUUUGACCAAAAGUGAAAAUAUUAAUUCAGCUAAAUAAUAAUAUACACCAUAAUAUCAAUAGCAACCUUAGAUAGCUACACCUCAAUAUUCUCAGUCAAGUACUAUAGCAAACUAUCAUCAACCAAGUCAGCCCAUCUAAAUACCCAAAACCCAGUUACUAUCUACUGCCCAUAUUUCGGGGCACGGAAAAAGAGGACGGCCUAGAAUCAUUAAACCUGAAAAUGACCCUAAAAUUAAAAAUGAACCCGGGAAUAACCAGCAGGAAAGGGUGAUCUUAACUGAUCAAGUCAACUACUUCAGGAUGAAUUCUUUGAAGAUAAGAGACCCUAAUUUUCUAUUUGAAGAGAUCUAGCAGAGAUGCAUAAAUAUGAUUGCAAUUGUUGACAUUAUUUGUAUCAAAUCACAGGAGGCCUAUCAUUUAAAUGAAAAAGAUUCUGAGCCAGGAGAUUGUGAGUUUAAACUGGAGUACUCGAAAAGAGAUGAGACAGAGUUUUAUCAGCUAAGUAAGUUUGUUUUGUAGCAUUCACACCCAAUGGACUAAAAUAUGAUAGUGGAGACUAGAAUAUAAAAACUUAAUACUCCUUAUCUUAUUUAAGACAAGGAAGAAGAAUCGGUUUAAAGCAAUGGCCACUAUACUGAGAGCAAUUAGCCUAAGUCAGUUAACUUUUUCUAAAAUAUGCUUGAAGUUCUGGACUCUAGCUUCUAUAAAGCAGAAAAUAAUCAAUAAUAAACAUCAUUUCAGCCUUUCAUCAUGAAUCUGAGCCUUGAGAUAGAUCCUCGUAUUAAGGGGAAGAUGAUGAUGUUCAAAGAAUUUUACCUUGCUAAUUCUAACCUAUGCAGGAUAAAGACUUAAGGCUGUAAAGAGAGAUCAGAUCACUGGUCAGACUGA